UUGUUUUGAUAAGAAAUUAUCAGUUUUGGAACUCACUGCAACCCACAACAAACCAUGUCCGGCAACAGAAGGCGCGUACUGGAUCUGUACAAACGGUUGCAAUAUCUCGGACGGGAGUACCCCGGUGGUGCGGACAAGUUUCGCCAAAAGUGCUACAAUGCCUUCAAACGUCAAAGCGUGGAAACCGAUCCGGAGAAAAUCGAGAAAUCCAUUGCCCUGGGCGAGUACGUCGUUAAGGAGAUUGAAGCACUCUAUAGCUUGCGCAAGUAUCGGGCCAUGAAGAAGCGGUACUACGACAAUUGACAAUUGUCAUUGGAGGUUGUUCUACGCAAAACGGCAGCUCAACGAUGCUUGAAUUUUUGAUAACUUUAUAGUUUGUGGCUGCUAAAUUGGAACGUGUUACGAGUGAAUUUGUCAAGAACAUGACUUGAGAUUCAUCGUUGUUAAAUCAUCACUAAAUCCCGAGUUCCUUCAGAAUUUUAUAUGAUCCUAAUGAGAUUAGUACUACAAUAACUGUUUCGAAGAGAAUGAUUGU